CGAGUGGCUUUCCGUUUACCCGUGCUAUGCUCCGACUCAGGGUCGUCUUGCUUCGCUGAUCCAGACUGGUCCAACCUUGGGAGCCCUUGACGAUACCGAGGCAGGAUGGCUUCUACACCGCCAGAGGCUGGACGGCAUAUCCCCAUGGAGAAAGAGCCCGAGAUCCCCUUGGAGACAAAGAUUUCAGGUGAUGCGAUCGCCUGGGAUGCUGCAGACAGCGCAGACGACGACCUUGGCUCUGCUGCUGCCACAUCCUCCAGAGCCACCAGCAAGUUUGCCUUCUCCACAGCACAUCUACAUCAGCUCUCCCAGCUGCGGUCGACAGACGCGCUCGAUGCCUUUGGCGGCAUCCGCGGCCUGGCUGCUGGCCUCCGGACCGACACCAGGGCAGGGCUAGGCGUUGACGAAGACCGCCUCGAUGGCGCGGUGUCCAGGCAAGACGCCCUCACCGCCGCUCGCGCAGCAUCCAUGCGGAAUACGAAAUCACCUCCGACAGAGACCCAUCUCACCGACAUCCUCCACGUCCCGGGCCUGCUGGCCAACAACACGCCGCAGGGCCACACGGACCGACGACUGGCAUUUGGCGAGAACCGCCUCCCCAAGCCCAAGCCCAAGUCCUUCCUCCAGCUGGCCUGGCUCGCCUUCAAUGACAAGCUCAUCUUCCUGCUCCUCACGUCUGCCACCAUAUCUCUGGCACUGGGCAUCUACGAGGCCGUAGCUGCGAACGACGACGAUGGCUCCAAUCUGGAGUGGGUCGAGAGCGUGACCAUCAUGGCCGCCGUUUUCGUCAUUGUCUUUGCCAGCGCGGCCAACGACUACCACAAGAACUACCGCUUCGAGAAGCUCAACGCUAAGAAGCAGGAGGGCUGGGUCACUGUGGUCCGCUCCGGCCGCGCCCAGCGCAUUUCCGUCUUUGACGUGCUCGUCGGGGACAUCUUGCGGAUCGAGGCGGGCGACAUCCUCCAUGCUGACGGGGUCCUCGUGGAAGGGUCUAGAGUGGAGUGCGACGAGUCCUCACUGACGGGAGAGGCCGACAUCAUGCACAAAAGCCCAGCGACCGCCGCUGGCACUGCUGAUGGAGCACAGCCGACGACCGGAGGAGAGGCAGCAGCAGCAGCAGCAAAGCAAGACGUCUUCCUCUUCAGCGGCACCAAGGUCGUCCACGGUAUUGGUGCCAUGCUCGUCACCGCCGUCGGCAGCAAGUCCACGCAUGGCCGUAUCCAGCUCUCCCUGCGAGGGACGGUCGAGCAGACGCCACUGCAGCACAAGCUCGGACGGCUGGCCAAGUACAUCAUCGUCGUGGGGUUCAUCGUCGGCAUCCUGUUCUUCCUGGCGCAGUUCAUCCGGUGGUGUGUCAACCUGCAGUACUUUGAAGGCAGCCCCGAGGACAAGGGGGAGAGUUUCCUCGACAUCUUCAUGUUGGCGGUGACGGUGGUGGUGAUUGGCGUGCCGGAGGGGUUGUCCCUCGCAGUGGCUGUGGCGCUGGCGUUUGGCACGUCGCGGAUGCUCAAGGACAACAACCUCGUCAGGCUCCUGCGGUCAUGCGAAGUCAUGGGCAACGCGACAACCAUCUGCUCUGACAAGACGGGCACCCUGACGCAGAACAAGAUGACGGUCGUGGCCGGGACUAUCGGGACCGAGCAGUUUGGCGCACAUGAUGAUGAGCAUGUUGGUGACGGUGACGCAUCUGCAUCGUCCUCACCCCAAAGCUGGAGGACUAUCGGGCCGCGCGAGUUCGUGAAGUCGCUCGACCCAGAUCUCAGAGAAAUCUUGCGGGCUAUGGUGGCGCUUAACACGACCGCCUUUGAACAGGACCCGGCUGAACGAGGCACGGGCACCCAGAGUGAUUCUCUGGAAGGGGAGACAUUUGUGGGCACUGCCACAGAGACAGCCCUUCUGCGCCUCGGCCGAGAGCACCUUGGCAUGGGACCUCUGACCCAGGAGCGCGAGAAUGCCGACAUUGUCGAGACGCUGCCGUUCAACGCCGUGCGCAAGUGGAUGGCCGUCGUGGUAGGCAUGCCAGGGGAUGAGCAGGGGAACGGCAAAAAGUACCGGCUGCUUGUCAAGGGCGCUGCCGAGAUCCUCCUAGAUCGAUGCUCGGAGCUUAUUGAGAAUCCCAAAGACGGAGUUUCUAAAAGGCUACUCGACACCGACAGGAGACAGCAGGUGGCCAGGGCGACAGCUGCAUAUGCCAAGCGACAACUACGGCCAAUCGCACUUGCAUACAAGGACUUCGACCACUCGCAACCGGACCCCUACAGGCGAGACGAUAUCUUUGAGCUCGCCGCAAGGGACUUGAUCUUCAUCGGCACGCUUGGCAUCCAAGACCCGCUCAGGCCCGAGGUGAUCGACGCGGUCCGCCAGUGUCAAACCGCGGGCGUCUUUGUGCGCAUGGUCACGGGCGACAACAUUGACACCGCAAUGUCCAUCGCCCAGGAGUGCGGCAUCUACACGGCCGGCGGCCUUGCCCUCGAUGGCCCGACUUUUCGGGCUCUCACCGAUGCGGAGCGCGACGUGGUGGUCCCACGUCUGCAGGUACUGGCACGGUCGAGCCCCGACGAUAAGCAGGUACUCGUCCGUCACCUCAGGAGACUGGGCGAGACGGUGGCCGUGACGGGCGACGGCACCAAUGACGCCUUCGCGCUCAAGGCUGCCGACGUCGGGUUCGCCAUGGGCGUUUCGGGCACAGAUGUCGCCAAGGAGGCGAGUGCCAUCAUCCUGAUGGAUGACAACUUUGCCAGUAUUGUUAGCGCGCUUGCCUGGGGUCGAGUCAUCAACGAUAGCGCAAAGAAGUUCUGCCAGUUUCAAUUCACCAUCAACAUCACUGCUGGGCUGCUUACUAUUGUUACCACUCUGGUAGAGAGCGUCGACGCAGCCGUCUUUGCCGUCAUUCAGCUACUCUGGCUCAACCUCAUCAUGGACAUCUUUGCAGCAUUGGCCUUGGCCACUGAUUUCCCCACCAAGACACUUCUCCAGAGACGCCCAGAGCCACGCGGUGCUGCAAUCAUCACCCCGACAAUGUGGAAGAUGGUGCUCGGACAGGCCGUGUACCAGCUAAUUGUCAUUUUCACCUUACAUUAUCGUGGUUAUGAGUACUUUAUGGGCGCUGGUGGAGGUCUGGGUGGCGAUAAAGGGCUGGGAUCCGAGCGGCAGAUGCAGACGUUUGUGUUCAACAUUUACAUGUUCAUGCAAGUCUUCAACCAGACGAACUGUCGCCGCACGGACAACAACUUGAAUGUCUUUGAGGGCAUUCACCGAAACCUGUGGUUUCUUGUGGUGCAGCUCAUCACCAUCGGAGGCCAAGUGGCAAUCAUACUCAAGGGCGGGUCGGCUUUUCAGACCGAGCCUCUGACUGCCGAGCAGUGGGGAUGGACCCUGUUCUUUGGAUUGCUUACUUUCCCUGUCGGCGCCCUGAUCCGGAUGAUCCCCGACGAGCUGGUUCUUUCUUUUGCCCGCAGGUAUCUGAGACCGUUGGCAUGGCCCAUCAUCAGGAUUGUGCGCUGGUCAAGAGAGCGCAAGCUGGUGCAGAAGCUGGAGAAGGAGUUCAUGGAGGCCGCUGAGGCUGCGGCUGCAGAGCGGGCAAGGCGAGCAUCAAACGCUGAAGCGGACGAUGAUGACGAGCCUGACGAAGAGCGCCGGAUUCGAAGGAUGCAGUGGCGCUGGGGAAAGAAGCACGAUCCAAAGAAGCAUGCUCUUCGGCAACAAGUCAGGAAACAUAUCGCCGAGAGCAAAACGACCACUGGGGAAACUUCAGAGGGCAGCGCCGUCAUGGAUGUCGGACGAGCAGCUGAGCAUUCAAGCAGUAAUGCGACAAAUCCGGCCGAAAAUAUCAGCGAUCAAGUACCUCCAGAAGACUUGGUGGAGUCUCUUUCCAGGCGUCUAUCGAAGGACGGAGGUAGAGGACUGCCAGCGAUCACGACAUUACCUCAGGGCACGAACACUUUGGGAUGCUUUCACGUGCACCCAGACACCCUCGAAAGAGACCCGGUUCUCAUUCCGCGGAACUUUGAUGGCUCGCAGAAGCACCCACCGAGCCAGGAUCCGACUGUCCUUCAACACAUGGGGUUUAGCUUGAAGAGCAGGUAGUUUCUACGGUCGAUUCAAGAUUACGACCAUCACAGCAGCUUUGGAGAGUUGCUACUUGCCUAGCUAUUAAAUUUUAGAAUCCUGCUUUCCUUCUAGCCCUACUGUUUACCUGCUCGGAUAGGUAAUUCAUUG